AUGGUGUCUUCUAGCAGUGAUUAUUCUUCCAGCUCUUCUGAGGAGGAUUCGAGGAUCCCUGCGGCUAAAACGUGUGCUAAGACAAACCGUGCUAAGGGAUCAAAGCCAAGUGCGCCUCUUAAUAAUCGUACAAUCACUUAUGCUGAGCUAAUGAAGAGAAAAGCUGAGGAUGAUAAGGUAGAGGAUCGUCGGCAUAGAAAGGGUCGAAUCCGGCGCAGAAUACUAGAAGAUGAGGAAAAACGCCGAUUUUUCGACGGUGUACCCUAUGACUCUGACGCUGACGCUUUUGAAGAGGAAACCGUGUGGGUGUUACCGGAGCGCAAGAUCAAGCCGCAUCGGCGUACCAGAGAGCUCCAAAAGUUCGCAAAACAAGUUAAAGAUGAACUCGAAGCUGAGUAUAAAGCCGAAGAUGACUCGGGUUCAGACGAUCUUGAUAUCCACCUAGACUCCAUCAAUGGCUCUGGAAGUGAUUCCGACGAAGAAGAGGAUUCUGAGGAAGAUGAUUAUGAGUCUGACAAAUCUGAUGACUCCGACGAAUCUGACGACAGUAGUAUGUCUUUUCGAAACGAAUCUCAGUCGAAGCAUGAAGUGGAAGCGUCUGUCUCAGUUGAUGUACGCGUUUUUGUUGAUGCUGGAAAAAGGAGGAAUGGGGAGUCCGUGGUCGUGGUUGACGAUAACAAUAACCGUGUUGAUGAAGAAUCAACUGAUUCCGCGGAGGCUGUGGUUAGAGCUCAUGUUCAUGAAUAUCCAACAGCUGGACUCCCUUUUGAAGCUCUCAUGAUCAAUACUAGUCCAAAUAAUGAGCUCAAUGUCCCUAAGGUACUUGAUGUAAGGUUCCCUCCAAUCCCCAGCAUGGUGAACUGUCAAAGCCUCUAA